AUGGCAAGCCGAAUUUCUGGCAGCCGAAACCGAAAACAGGGCAGAAAAGUAAUAGCUGGUUUUCGAGGGACAGUCCCACAUGGCCUAUCACUGGAGAUUGGAGACACUGUUCAAAUAUUAGAGAAAUGUGAUGGGUGGUACAGAGGAUUUGCCUUAAAAAACCCCAAUGUUAAGGGCAUAUUUCCAUCCAACUACAUUCACUUGAAAAAUGCUUGUGUUAAGAACAAAGGACAAUUUGAAAUGGUUAUUCCAACAGAAGAUUCUGUUAUUACAGAAAUGACAUCAACUUUAAGAGACUGGGGAACGAUGUGGAAACAACUCUAUGUGAGGAACGAGGGGGAUCUCUUUCACCGACUGUGGCACAUAAUGAAUGAAAUCCUAGACCUGCGAAGGCAGGUCCUUGUCGGCCAUCUCACCCAUGAUCGAAUGAAGGAUGUCAAGCGACACAUCACUGCUCGUCUGGAUUGGGGCAAUGAACAACUGGGACUUGACUUAGUUCCGAGAAAAGAAUAUGCUAUGGUAGAUCCUGAAGAGAUCAGCAUUACGGAGCUCUACAGGCUGAUGGAGCAUCGACACCGAAAAAAAGACACACCAGUACCAGCUAGCAGCCACCAUCUUUUUGUUCAGAUGAAGAGUCUUCUGUGCUCCAAUCUGGGAGAGGAACUGGAAGUAAUCUUCUCACUCUUUGAUAGUAAAGAAAGUCGGCCCAUCAGUGAAAGAUUUUUUUUAAGGCUGAAUAGAAAUGGUUUGCCAAAAUGUCCAGAAAAGCCUGAAAGACACUGUUCUCUCUUUGUGGAUUUGGGCAGCAGUGAACUCAGGAAGGACAUCUAUAUCACUGUGCACAUUAUCCGAAUAGGACGAAUGGGAGCUGGAGAAAAGAAAAAUGCCUGCAGUGUACAAUACAGACGGCCCUUUGGCUGUGCAGUCCUCAGUAUUGCAGAUUUGCUGGCAGGAGAUUCAAAGGACGACCUCGUCUUAAAAGUAUACAUGUGCAACACAGAGAGUGACUGGUAUCAGAUCCAUGAAAAUAUCAUUAAAAAGCUGAAUGCACGUUACAACUUGACAGGCUCCAAUGCAGGUCUGGCAGUUUCUCUUCAGUUACUUCAUGGAGACAUAGAACAAAUUAGGAGAGAGUAUACAUCCAUGUUUACCCAUGGAGUAUCCAUAACAAGGAAACUAGGUUUUUCCAAUAUUAUAAUGCCUGGUGAAAUGAGGAAUGAUUUAUAUAUCACUGUAGAAAGAGGAGAAUUUGAGAAAGGAGGGAAAAGUGUGGCCAGAAAUGUGGAAGUGACAAUGCAUGUCGUGGACAGCAGUGGUCAAAUUUUAAAGGAUUUUAUCUCAUUUGGCUCUGGAGAGCCACCAGCCAGCGAGUACCAUUCCUUUGUGCUUUAUCAUAACAAUGGUCCCAGAUGGGCUGAGCUGCUGAAACUUCCUAUUCCUGUGGAUAAAUUCAGAGGAGCACACAUCCGCUGUGAAUUCCGGCACUGUUCCACGAAAGAAAAGGGUGAGAAGAAGUUGUUUGGCUUUUCUUUCGUGCCCCUGAUGCAGGAAAAUGGGAGGACUCUGCCAGAUGGCACCCAUGAACUCAUUGUACACAAGUGUGAAGAAAACACAAACCUUCAGGAUUCUGGUCGCUACCUCAAACUCCCCUUUUCAAAGGGAAUUUUCCUAGGAAACAACAGCCAAGCAGUAAAAACCACUAAAGAGUCCUUCUGGAUUACGUCCUUUCUCUGCUCCACUAAACUCACACAAAAUGGAGAUAUGCUUGACCUUCUGAAAUGGAGAACCCACCCAGACAAAAUUGCAGGUUGCCUCUCAAAAUUAAAAGAAAUUGAUGGUUCAGAAAUAGUGAAGUUUCUUCAAGAUACACUAGACACUUUAUUUGGGAUUUUAGAUGAAAACUCUCAAAAAUAUGGAUCAAAAGUAUUUGAUUGUUUGGUUCACAUAAUAAAUUUGCUGCAGGACAGCAAGUUUCACCACUUUAAGCCAGUAAUGGACACUUACAUUGAAAGUCAUUUUGCAGGAGCACUUGCAUACAGAGAUCUUAUAAAAGUACUAAAGUGGCAUAUUGAUCGAGUCACCGAAGUGGAGCUGCACGAGCACAUACAGGAAGUACUAAAGGCACAGGAAUAUAUCUUCAAAUAUAUAGUUCAGUCUCGAAGGUUAUUCUCUAUUGCCACUGGUGGACAAAAUGAGGAGGAAUUUCGCUGCUGUAUUCAAGAGCUUCUUAUGUCAGUACGUUUCUUCCUUUCCCAAGAGAGCAAAGGAGCUAGUGCUUUAUCCCAACUACAAGCUGUGUUUCUCAGCUCAUUCCCAUCGGUGUACUCUGAACUGUUGAAGCUCUUUGAUGUAAGAGAAGUGGCAAAUUUGGUUCACGAUGCUCUGGGCAGCUUGCCGACAGUCAUGCAUGGGGAUGAGUCCCUUCAAGCCGUUAAACUGCAGAGUAUUGGAAAAACUGUAGAGAGUCACCUGUACACUAACCCAGAUUCUCGAUAUAUUCUUCUUCCGGUAGUUUUACAUCAUCUCCACAUGCAUUUACAAGAGCAGAAAGACCUUAUAAUGUGUGCACGUAUCCUUAGCAACAUAUUUUGCCUCAUCAAGAAGAACAGCUCAGAAAAAUCUGUCCUGGAAGAAAUUGAUGUGAUUGUAAACAGCCUGCUAGAUAUUCUGUUAAGGACCAUACUAGAGAUCACCAGCCGACCACAACCAUCAGCUUCUGCUAUGCGCCUCCAGUUUCAAGAUGUGACUGUAAGUUUUUUAUAAUGAAAUAGCUCACAAUUGUCACUGGUUGGACAACUAGACUUACGGGAUAAAAAUGGGGUAUGCGAGAAUUUGGGACAUUAUUGUGAGGUGACAUACGGCAGCAUUCGAGGCAUUGCCAUAUUGCUGGGAUUAUGGCACAGAGCUGCAGGGAUUGCAGCGCAGGGAAGGGAGGAUUUCCUGCUGCAGAUUUUCACUGUAUUUCGGAUACUAAUACGACCAGAGAUGUUUCCAAAAGACUGGACAGUGAUGCGUUUGGUUGCAAACAAUGUGAUCAUUACUACAGUCUUGUACCUUUCGGAUGCCCUUCGUAAAAACUUCUUAAAUGAAAACUUUGAUUACAAGAUAUGGGAUUCCUACUUUUUUCUUGCUGUCAUUUUUAUAAACCAGUUAUGUCUGCAACUGGAGAUGUUCACACCUUCCAAGAAGAAAAAGGUUUUAGAAAAAUAUGGUGACAUGCGGGUAACAAUGGGAUGUGAAAUCUUCAGCAUGUGGCAAAAUUUAGGGGAACACAAGCUUCACUUUAUUCCAGCAUUGAUUGGCCCCUUCCUGGAAGUGACCUUGAUCCCUCAGCCAGACCUGAGGAAUGUAAUGAUUCCCAUUUUCCACGACAUGAUGGACUGGGAGCAAAGGCGGAGCGGCAACUUUAAACAGGUGGAAGCAAAACUGAUUGACAAACUGGACAGCCUAAUGUCGGAAGGUAAAGGUGACGAAACAUACCGAGAGCUCUUCAACAGUAUAAUUCCACUUUUUGGUCCUUAUCCUAGUCUACUGAAGAAAAUUGAGCGGGAAACAUGGAGGGAAAGUGGUGUUUCAUUAAUUGCCACUGUGACUCGCCUCAUGGAGAGGUUAUUGGACUACAGGGACUGCAUGAAAAUGGGAGAAGUGGAUGGCAAAAAGAUUGGCUGCACUGUUAGCCUUUUGAAUUUUUACAAGACUGAACUGAACAAGGAAGAGAUGUAUAUUCGCUAUAUUCAUAAGCUGUAUGACCUACAUCUCAAAGCACAAAACUUCACAGAGGCCGCCUACACGCUCCUGCUGUACGAUGAGCUGUUGGAGUGGUCUGAUCGGCCACUGAGAGAAUUUCUCAACUACCCCAUGCAAACAGAGUGGCAACGUAAAGAGUGUCUCCAUCUGACCAUCAUUCAAAACUUUGAUAGAGGAAAGUGUUGGGAAAAUGGCAUUAUCUUAUGCAGGAAAAUUGCAGAACAGUAUGAGAGCUACUAUGACUACAGAAACCUCAGCAAGAUGAGGAUGAUGGAAGCAUCUUUGUAUGAUAAAAUUAUGGAUCAACAGCGUUUGGAGCCAGAAUUUUUCAGAGUUGGAUUUUAUGGGAAAAAGUUCCCAUUCUUCUUGAGAAAUAAGGAAUUUGUUUGCCGAGGACAUGACUAUGAAAGGCUGGAGGCCUUCCAGCAGCGAAUGUUGAAUGAGUUCCCACAUGCCAUUGCUAUGCAACAUGCUAAUCAGCCAGAUGAGACCAUCUUUCAGGCAGAAGCACAGUAUUUGCAGAUUUAUGCAGUGACACCAAUUCCAGAAAACCAGGAAGUCCUGCAGAGAGACGGCAUUCCCAAUAACAUCAAGAGCUUUUACAAAGUAAAUCACAUCUGGCGAUUCCGCUAUGACAGGCCAUUUCACAAAGGGACCAAGGACAAAGAAAAUGAAUUCAAGAGUCUGUGGGUGGAAAGAACCACACUGAUCUUGGUGCAGAGUUUACCUGGAAUAUCUCGAUGGUUUGAAGUGGAAAAACGUGAAGUAGUGGAAAUGAGUCCCCUUGAGAAUGCUAUUGAAGUCUUAGAAAAUAAGAACCAGCAGCUGAGAACACUGAUUAGUCAGUGUCAAACUCGACAGAUGCAAAAUAUUAACCCUCUCACGAUGUGUCUAAAUGGGGUCAUUGAUGCAGCAGUUAAUGGUGGAGUUGCUAGAUACCAAGAGGCAUUCUUUGUCAAAGAAUACAUCUUGAACCAUCCAGAGGAUGGAGAGAAGAUCACACGCUUGAGAGAGCUGAUGCUCGAGCAGGCCCAGAUUCUAGAAUUUGGCUUGGCAGUGCACGAGAAGGUGGUGCCGCAGGAUAUGAGACCAUUGCACAAAAAGCUGGUGGAUCAGUUCUUUGUGAUGAAGUCAAGCUUGGGAAUACAGGAAUUUUCUGCCUGUGUACAAGCUAGUCCUGUUCAUUUCCCAAAUGGAAGUCCUCGUGUAUGCCGGAAUUCCAUACCUGUUUCAAUGAGCCCUGAUGGUGCCAGGGUAAUACCACGACGCAGUCCCUUGAGUUACCCAGCUGUCAAUCGGUAUUCAUCCUCAUCACUGUCAUCCCAAGCUUCUGCUGAAGUCAGCAAUAUCACUGGGCAAUCAGAAAGCUCCGAUGAAGUUUUUAACAUGCAGCCUAGUCCGUCUACCUCAAGCCUGAGUUCUACUCAUUCUGCUUCACCUAAUGUGACCAGUUCUGCUCCAUCCAGUGCCAGAGCCUCUCCUCUGUUGUCCGACAAACAUAAGCAUUCCCGAGAAAACUCUUGCCUGUCCCCCAGAGAGAGGCCCUGCAGUGCCGUCUACCCUACUCCUUCGGAAACCUCGCAGACUGCAAACUCUUGCUUUGCCAAGUGGAAUGCGACUUCUGUCCCCCACUCUACCCGAGAUUCGAUAAGGGAGGCUGAGGAGCUCGUAGGCCCAGUCUCCACUCUCUCUGAGCCUCGCCCAGCAGGAAAAUCUCCCAAUCUGUCUCUACCCUCAGUGUCCCAAGAGAGGAGAAUGCUGUUUAAUCAUAUUGGAGACGGUGCUUUGCCACGAAGUGAUUCCAAUCUGCCCGGCCCCGACAAAGCUGUAAACACCACCCCCAGCAGCUGGAGCCUGGACAGUGGGAAGGAAGCCAGAAACACAUCAGAAAGUGGAAAGCUUAUAUCUCCUCCUGUACCACCAAGACCUGCACAGACUGCAUCACCAGCAAGACACAUAGCCUCCGUUUCCCCUUCUCCUGCUGGCAGAUCACCAAUGAAGGGGUCUGUGCAAUCAUUCACACCGUCUCCAGUGGAGUAUCAUUCCUCGGGGCUCAUAUCCAACUCCCCGGUGCUGUCGGGGAGUUACAGCAGCGGCAUCUCUUCGCUCAGCCGAUGUAGCACGUCAGAGACGUCGGGCUUUGAAAGCCAAGGCAGCGAACCAACAGUGACUGUCCCAAGCUACAGCGUUUCUGAGGAGCCUGUGAGAAAAGAAAGUAAAACCCCGCCGCCUUACAGCGUGUACGAGCGGACUUUGAAACGCCCCGUUCCUCUACCUCACAGCCUCUCCAUCCCGCCCGCCGCGGACCCGCCGGCGCUGCCGCCCAAGCCACAGCUGGUCCGGCCAAACAAUCUGGAAAACAGCAGCAGGAGGACUGAGCAGGUUCCCCGGCCCAGGCCUCUGCCCCGCAAAGUCUCUCAGCUAUGA